AUGUGGAAGGAGCUCCACGUCCGAGGGUGCUGGAGCAUCCAACGCCUCCCGCAUCUACAUGGACGCCAGCUGGAGAGAGUGAAGGUGAAUGGCGAGAGGAGCUGGUGGAGCAAACUCCAGUGGAGCUCACCGCUGCAUCGCGACAGCUACGACCCCAAGCUUCCCCCGGAGUUCGCCUCCUUCGACGAGCAGGCCGAGAUGAGCAGCUACCUCAGAUGA